GUUUCGAUAAAAGCGCAAAACAAGUUUCUCCUUUGAUUAUCGCGAUUUUUUUUGGAAAGUGGUACAGGGAAAAGUCUGAGAGCAGUUCGUUGUGGGUUAUCGGCUAUGGCGAAUCGAAUGAGCACAUGUAGAGACAUGUGCGAUGUACUUUUUCCCAUAUGUAAGCGUUAUUCCCACGGAAAAACCAUAAAAAAUCAAUCAGUUUUUGAUGUUGGGGGCCACAGAAAAACCGCUGUAAAACCCUCAAAAACCAUCGUAAAACCAAUAAAUCAUGGUGCACUCGAAAGCAGAUGUGUUGGGCUAUACAACUGUGCAUAAAUAUCCAAAUCGAUUUUUUUGUCGAAAAAUGUUUUUUUUGAGUGGUGGGGGCCCUUAACGCUGGAAAUUAUUUUGCUUGAAGAUUAAAGCUAAAAAUGAGCAGAACUGACAGACAACAAUUUCCAUAUAAACUUAAGAUGUAAUCCAGUAUCCAGUAGAUUUUAUGUAGUAUUUUGACCUGUUUUCAAGUGGUCACUUUAAGAUGACGAACUUUACGAAAAAUAACUUCGAAAACAUAAAUAUUUGUACUUGGGGAAAAGCAAGAAUCUUGGAAUAUUUAUAUUUUUAUCUAUGAAAAAGUACAAAAGUAUGAGUAUUUUUGUUUUGUUACACUUUUAUCUGCGGAACAACAGAAUUAGUCGGUUUCAACUCUGGAUUAUGGAAAAUAUAGGUUAAUUUUCUACCGGACUUUCGUGGUAUCCUAUGAAACCGUCCCUUAAAUACCUGGAAGAAAUUCAAUUCAUAUAUACUCAGAACAUGUUCCCAGACAUCACCAAGGUCGAUUUACAGCUAAACAAGUCAUGUCUGUAUUAGAACUAUUACUUGAACAAGUCGCUUUUUUUAGACAAACGCAAUCUGGUUCCGUGGUAUUUGAUUCGAUCUCAUUUGUGUCAAAAAAACCUAAUAAACGAAAAGACCGAAAACAAAACGAGGAUGACGAACCACAACAAAAACAACGGCUUAUUCAGGAAGAGCCGUUUGAAACUGAAAGACUUUGCGAAGUUCGACGACGGACAUUUUCUAACUGGUCACAUUCCAUGCCAUCAAAACAAGAUAUGAUUUCUGCCGGUUUUUUUCUAUGUAACGGCUUCGAUGAUCGUGUGAUUUGUAUUUAUUGCAAUGUUAUUUGUCAAAAAUGGCUCCACACUGAUAAUCCUAUUGAUAUUCAUAAGCUGUUAUCCCCAGAUUGUCCGUUUAUGCAACACGAAAAGAGUAUAACAACAUUAAUUCAGUCCGAUACAGCUUCAGCAGAAAAGGAAGAAUUAUUACCAUUGUCACUAACCGAAGCUACGUUAUCAAAAGUGGUGGAAGCGAAAUUAAUAUUACCUGAGAUACAGGAAAUAAGCACGCAAUUUCGGCCUGAUGUUGUUAAAAGGUGUUAUGAAGAUCAAUAUCGUUAUAAAAGAACUGAUUUUCAAACUGUCGAUGAUUUAAUUGUGUCUUGUCUUAUUCUGGAAAAGCAAAUCGACCAUAUUAAUGCUAAUCCAGACAAUCUGAUUAUUCCUAGUCAGAUAUAUGAGAAACAAGAGAAACAACGUUUAACUGAAUACCUUACUUAUCGUCGACGAUCAUCUUCUGUUGUGCUUGAUGAACAAACGCCAUUUCUAGAAUUCGAGCCGAUAAUUCGAGCACGAGAGCGAUCAUUUCUUAAACAGAACACUUCGUGUACAAUAUCGAGAAAAGCGAUGAUAACAGCUGGAUGGUUUUCCUGUAAAUACAAUGACCGUGUUUUCUGUACUUAUUGCCUAGUUGUAUGCCAAAAUUGGUCAAAAGAUGAUGAUCCGUACGAAAUCCAUCAAUUAUUAUCACCGAACUGUCCAUUCAUUCAAUCGCAGAAUCAACUUUUAUCAAAGGAAAUUCCAAUUAUUAAUGAACAAAUAUCAGUUGCCACUAUCGUUAAUAGUGAAAUUAUCAAACAUUCAAAAUUACCCUUUGCCAAAGUUAUAGAACGUGUAAAAUCAUUCCAUCGUUGGCCAAAUAAACAAAUGACUGAACAACUUGUGAGAGCUGGCUUUUACUACUCCGGUUAUGGGACAAUUGUGACAUGUUUCUGUUGUAACAUAUCAUUAACCAAAAUGGGACCAAACCAUAAUUCGAUGAUCGAACAUGCACGAUAUUCUCCUAAUUGUCCAUACAUAAAACAAUUAUGUGGCGAUCAAUUAUUUGAACAAAUUCAACAGUUAUACUCUUCUAAUGCUAUCCGAACUGUUAUUGAGAAUCAAACAAACGGAACCUGCUCUCAAACACAUCAAAUUGUAAAACAGGAUGAUUAUUACUGCCUAACUAAAUGUAACAAUCUCGACGUACAUGUUAAAAUAGCUUCGUACACACUCCAAAAUGUUCCGUCACAAGAAGAGUGCGGGGAAAUAAUUGAGUGUCAGAUUGCAAGAAUAAAUCAUAAUCCUGGAAUGGUUAUCACACCGAGUGUAGCAAAAACAAUUCUAUCAAACAUUAGUGUAUCCACACGAGUAUCAACACUCAACGGUAAAUAAUCAAAAAAAAGAAUCUACAACAUUUCGGCUGAAAUCUGUCACUUUACUUUUCCGAGUUGAUGAUAUGCCUAGAUAAAUCAUUUAUUGUUCAUACCUUCUUAUAUACACAUAGUAGUCUCUUUUAUAAUAUUCGUUCAUUCCUACACAUUCUUUUACAUACGUUGUACCGACACAGAAAUCGAUAGACAAGACGUCCGAACGUCUUCUCAUGUGCAUUACGGACAAGUAACGGACGGUGAUUCUUGAUUUAGUUGACCUCUUAGUUUAAGCAUUCGAUAGAAAAAAAGGUUAGUAUAAAAAUAUUUGUCAAAGAAAAGCAGUAUGCCUAAGGUGAUAAAACUGUUGAACUUUUCCAACUAUCCUUUUCAAAAUACAAUAGUACCCGUUGUUUUCUUGAUAACUUUUGACUGAGACGUGCUAGCGAGCUGCGGUUUUCAUUUUCUGAAAGUAAAAUGUUGGGGCUAUAAGAAAAUUUUCCGAGCAUCUGCAAAUGGUA